AUGGCGGACCAGGGCCAUGGCGGACCAGGUGAACGUCGCAAGCGGUGGUUAGCCGAUCGGUCCAUUUCGCUAGCCAGUGAACAGAUGAUAGUGGCACAGUGGCCAGCUGGUGAAGGAGCGGGCGACAACUGGUGUUGGCAAGCACGGAAGAGAGCUGGCAUUUUAGGUAGCAGUUGACC